AUGGUUCUUGGAAGUAUAAGAAAUGGGUUUGCUGUUCCAAUGAAAGAAGAGAAUAAGUUGUUCCUUAUGAGGGCACUUAUACCACUUCAUAAAGCCAAAUUUAUUAAUUACUAUCAUCAACAGUUUUCUUACUGUAUAAUUCAAUUUUUUGAAAAAGAUUAUAAAUUGGUUGAUAUUGUGAUUAGAGGGUUAUUGAAAUAUUGGCCUGUUACUAACUGUGGUAAAGGGAUUCUGUUUCUUAGUGAAUUAGAAGAAGUUCUUGAUGAAACACAACCUACAGAGUUUCAACAAUGCAUGAUUCCUCUUUUUAGACAAAUCGGACGCUGCAUUAAUAGCCCUAAUUUCCAGGUUACAGAACGGGUGCUUUUCUUGUGGAACAAUGAACAUAUUGCGGACUUGAUUGUAGAGAAUCGAGACAUCAUUUUACCUAUCCUCUUUGAACCCUUAGAGAAGAACAUCAGAGGUCACUGGAACACUGCUAUCAAUGUCUUAACUAGAAAUGUAAGAAAAUUGUUCAUUGAAAUGGAUUCAGACCUUUUUGAAGAAUGCAGUAAUCAGUUCUGGGGAAAAAGAAGCCAUGUCUAA